AUGUCUAGCCGGGAGUAUCCGAAAGUGUGGAGUCGAUUCGAAAGGAUAGUCGAUGAAGGAACUCUUCGGUUCGAAAUAUCGGAUAUUCCCGAUUCGAUGUGGAGCACCGCCGUAGAGUUUAUGCUGGGAAAUUAUAUUCGAGAAGACGUGUGGUGGAUUGCUGCAGGUACGGCGAAGGACCUUGAAGCAGUACAGGAAUAUAGAGUGCUCCUGACAUCGAUCAUUAGGCAGAAAAUGAGUUUGGCGUGCUUCUUGGCUGAGGGGGACGGCUCGGGACGCACUCUCGUCGGCGUCAAUAUGUGUUUGCCUCAGGAAAAGGGACGCUUCGUUGAGCACAAUCCGCCAAAAACGAAGCCGGGUUUGCUGUCACUGCGAAUGUUCGUGGAGGCUAUGAAAGUGACAGUGAUAUAUGAUAAAUACGGCGUGAAUAAAUAUCUCAUGGGAGCUGGUCUUUCAGUGACACCGGAGUACAGGGGGCUGGGUAUUGCGGUUGAACUACUUAAAUCCAGAAUGACACUCGCCAAAGAAUUGGGUUAUCAAGCCACCGGUGGCAUCUUCACGAGUGCCCCAGCACAGCGCUCUGCGGAAAAGGCUGACAUGGAAUGUCUCCACGAAGUCCCAUACAAGAAGUUCGGAAAACAGUGCGGCGUCACAUUCGACACAAACACCGAAAACCUGAAAAUAUUCGGAAUUCAACUCUGA